AUGGAUGUUAAUUGUUGUCCACGAAAUGAUUUUUCAUUUCCAAUGAAAAAUAGUACUAAAGAAUUUGUUUCAACUUGGCCAACCACAACAACAAUAAAUGGUAAUGGACUUAAUUCAACUAUGUCAAAUGAAAAUAUCUUCGAUCAAGAACAAAAACCUUUUCAAGAUUAUAUUCUACGUAAUACAUCGAAUAUAAUGUCAUUUGAACAAUCAUGUAUAUUACCAUUUCAACAACUUGUUUUAAAUGAUCUUCAUCCUCGAACAAAUUCAUCAAUUCUUCCAUUUUCAUUUAAUAAUGAAGCAUUACCAUUUAGUUCAAGUCAUCAAUUAAAUAUAAAUGAUGAAAAUACUCGACCACCAUGGUUACUUUCACUAACACCAACUUCACAACAACAACAACAACAAUCUAUUAUAAGAAAACAAGAUGAUACAACGGAAAAUAUUCGUCAUUGGAUUGGUGAUUUUUCUACUGAACAAACAAAUGAUAUAAAUGGUAUUCAACAAAUUCCAUUACUUUCACAAAAAGUCUUUAUUGGUGGUGUACCACGUUUUGCAACUGAAACUGAUAUUCAUGCAAAUUUUGAUCGUUUUGGCAUAUUUGAAAUUCAAUGGCCAAAAUUACAUGGUUUACAUAAAGAACAACAUCGUGAUAAUGGAUUUUUUCAUAUUGUAUUUCAUAAUGCUAAAUCUGUAUGUGCAUUAUUAGAUAAUUGUUCACGUCAAACAAAUAGUAAUGCAUGUGCAGAUUAUUUUAUACAUUUUGAAACAGCAACUGGUUCAAGAAAAACUGUUGAAAUUAUUCCAUGGAAUAUUGGAGAUAAUAAUUAUGCAUUACGACCACCACAACAACUUGAUUCAAAAAAAACGAUAUUUGUUGGAAAUCUUCAUGGUACAAUGACAGCUCGUUAUUUAUGGCGUUUAAUGGAAGAUUUAUUUGGUGGAGCUGUUUAUGCUGGAGUUGAUAUUGAUAAAUAUAAAUAUCCAAUUGGUAGUGGUCGAGUCACAUUCGAUAAUAGUUCAAGUUUUCUUCAUGCAGUAUCAACAGCUUUUGUCGAUGUUCGAACUCCACGUUUUCUUAAACGUCUUCAAAUUGAACCACAUUUACAAUAUCGAUUUUGUUCUUUAUGUAAAAUAGCUGCUGGUGAUUUAUUUUGUCGAAAUUUUGCUUGUUUCGAUUAUUUUUGUCAACGAUGUUGGCAAAAAAUUCAUAUUGGUAGUAUGUCAUCACAUAAGGCAGUGACACGUCAUUCAAAAUCAUCACAGCCAGUCUUUCAUCCAUCACAAACAAUUGGUAGUGUUAUAGGUGCAAAUGGAUUUUAA